AUGUCACCUUCAAUUACAAAAGUCGAUGAUGAAAAUGACCAAAACGCUUCGUACGAAAUCUAUCAAAAUCCAAGGAGAUCAUCAAACAUACCCAACGAAAUAAUUGAAAUUUUUGAAUACUUAAGUACAAAUUCUAAAAUCGUAUUUAAAUCACAGCAACGAAAUGAACCUGAACUUUUGCUAAAUGAAAAAGUGAAAUUGGCUCAAGAUAUCUAUGAACGAAAUCCACAAACUUUCCUACUUCGGUUCGGUACGUACUUACAAGAAAAACAUCUGCAGAAUUUUGCUCGCCUCGCUGUAGCUCAAAGUGACCAAGAAUUACAUCACAUUGUCCGAGAUUAUCAAACAAAAUUAAAAACGCGUGAACAAGAUAUCAAGAACCGUCGAUAUGCUGCCUUACAAAAACUUAUAAAAGAAGGAGAGUAUUUUAGCGAGCAGGAAAUGAUGAAAAGAGCUCCAGAGUUAUAUCAAGAAUUGGUGGGUCAGUACCUGAGUUUGGCGGAGAUAAAAGAACGUGAUAGUUAUGAUGUACGCAAUACAAGCUUUUCCGGUAUAUUAAUACACACUAUGGAAUGUAAAGAAUUAAGCGAAGUAUUAGAAAAAGCUAAGGAACAGUUGGAGAACGAAACCGAAACGCAAGAAGAUUUCAAAAUCGACGACAACACCGACGGGGAUCAAUUGGAUAACUUUCAAGUUUGCCAGAACCAAUGUGAUAGAGAAGAUCUCUCCGUUCCUGCUAGCUAUCGUCAACAAUGGGGAAAUUUUGAUAAUGAAAGUAUUGCUUGUUCUUCUACUCGUCUACCAAAUAUGAAGAAAAAAACAGAUCCGCCCUUUACAAAUAAUGGAAAGUCGUUAAAUAAUCUUAUAACUGCUGGUGAAAGAGAACUUUUAAAGCAGGAAUUUAUUAGUUUGAUGCAUGAACGAUUUCUAACAGAACAGGAUGAAGAUUUCGAUUACAGUACAGUGGACGACAAUACAAAUUUUGAUGACUUGCAGCAAAUUAAUCAAGAUAAAGAAGAUAAAUAUUUUGCUGAAAGCGAUGACGAUAAUAAUGUUGAUGAUGUCGAAGCACAGACAACGGACAAUGAAAUGUUCGAUAUAAAUGAAGAUAAUGCAAGAGAAUCGGAGGACGAAUUGGAUAUUUAUAUGAACCACUUAAGUAAACAUCAUAGUCUGCAAAAGCAAUAGGACUCACGAAAUAACAAUCGUCUGAAGAUUAAUCGGUUUAGAUCUUAUGAGUAUUGGUAUGGUUUAAUUUCGUACAUCUUCAAAUCUACAAAUAUGAGUAUUUGCCAAGACGUCUAUUGCAUCUGUAAUUGCAACAAAAAUAAUACACCGCAGCACUACAGUACAAAAAGUAACAUACAUAAUAUAUUCGAAAAGUAUUUUCAUUAAUAAAAUAUUGAAAAGUUUACUUAUGCAAACGAAGCUGAGGAAUGUGCGGUCCUUGUGGAGUGAUUCAAGGAAGUUUAGAAAAACGGAAUUCAACGAAAGUAAAAAUAUUCACGAUAGGCGAAAUCGGCCGAUUUGUGUUAAUAUAGUUUUUGUCAAUUCAUCCAACAAUCCCCGGGGAAAUUUAAACACCUUAUAAUCAAAAUGUAAUUUUGUGAAUGAUUGCCCUUAAACAUCUAAUUAUUACUUAAGAAGCUAUGCAGCUUCAAUAUUAUUAUUAUUCACAAAACUUUCCAAUGAAUCUUGAAUACAAUUUUUUGGAAGCAUUACUUGAUCAGCUAUAUAGAGAAGAAAAACAAAUUUCUUAACACCACACAUUACAAGAAAGUGCGUGAAAACCUAAUCCUGCAAGGCAAGCGCAAUGAUGGAAGGCAUUGAAAACGAUGACAAGAAAAUGAAAAAUUUUACCUUAUCAAAGAGAGAAAUACGAUAGGAUGUUGAGGAUUGAGCUUAUUUCAAGUUAAAUUAAAGAGAAACUUAACUCGAGAUUUCGAUGUUUUAGGGUAAAUUUCAAGUUAGCGAGUUAUUUCAAGCGAUUUCAACCGUCAAGCAGUUUUUUAACCAUCAUCCGGCAUUUAUACCUUCAAUGCGCUACGGAUAAAGGGCACAAACACGACAAAACUUCAGCAGGUUUAAAUUUAAGAGAACUUUGCAA